CAACUCCGCCUCCGGCGAGCCGGCCCGCCAUCUCUGCCAGCACCGGGGGCCCGGUGGCUCGCCGGCGUAAAUCAACCAAAACCCCGUGGCAUUCUCGAGCGGUGCCGUAGUCCCGCGCUCCUCCUCCUAGUUUCUUUGCUUCGCCAUAACACUGGCUUAAUUAGAGCGGCGGUUUUCGAGAGGUGGGUGUAGUGCUCUGCUACUUCGCCUCGAGGGUUUGGUUGGUGGAGGUGGGGAGUGGGAGAGUUGGAGUACCUGCGGCAGCGAAGAUUCGGGCGGGCAUGGGGAACGCGGCCGCCAAGGAUGGGGAGAACGGCCACAUGGCGGCUCGCAACGGCGGCGGGAGCAGCUCGGCGGGGGGCGCCGCCGCGAGGCCGCCGCCGUUGUCGCCGCCGGACGCGGUGAUGCUGGAGCAGCCACCGCCCGUGCCCUACCUCUUCGCGCCGCAGGUUCCAGUUGCUCCACUGCAGAGACCUACUGAAUUUUCUCCUGUUUUCAACCAUUCACCGAUAAAUGGAACAGAUGAAUCCACCACCAACCACGCCCUGGAGAAGGGGAUUCCAACUCUGAUUACAUGGAGUCAAGGAGGAAAUGAGGUGUUUCUGGAAGGAUCUUGGGAUAACUGGACAUCGAGGAGAGCAUUAGAGAGGUCUGGCAAAGAUCACGCCAUCUUAUUGGUUCUUCCAUCCGGAGUAUAUCAUUACAGGAUCAUUGUGGAUGGGGAUUUGAGAUACAUCCCUGAGCAACCUUAUGUAACUGAUGAGUUAGGACAAGUGGCCAACCUCCUCGAUGUCCAUGAUUAUGUUCCUGAAAGUCUUGACAGCGUAGCUGAAUUUGAGGCUCCUCCAUCACCCGAGCACAGCUACGACCUGCAAUACCCAGGAGAUGAGGAAUUCGCCAAGGAGCCGCCCACCCUGCCGCCCCAGCUUCUCAUGUCUGUCCUCGGCGAUGGUGAUCCUGAUAACGCUGAUGAUCAACCUCCAAAGCCACAGCACGUCGUCCUCAACCAUCUGUUCAUCGAGAAAGGGUGGGGAUCUCAGUCGCUGCUUGCCCUCGGAGUCACUCAUCGGUUCGAAUCCAAGUGUGUGAGCUUUGUGCUCUACAAACCGCUAAGGAGGUGACAGUGUGACACUGCUGAAGAAGAAAGGAGUGUUGGCUAGGGACUGAUGGAAGUGAAUAAUGGGAGAGUAGCUGACUUGGUAGUGUUGUACAGAAGGGAAACGCAGGAACCCUGGCUGAUCUUUUUUUCACUUUUUUUGAAAGUAAUAAACCGGUUUCCGUCGCCUGAGCUGAUCGAGAAAAUGAAAAAUAUUUGAGCUUGAAAAGGACUUUCCUCAAUGCUCUUCUUGCAA